AGAAUCUCUUUAUUACCUCAUAUUAUUUUGUGGGUCUUAGUUCUAGACAUCAAAUCUAUAGUAGUUAACAUUAACAAUUUGGCACAUUUGUUACGCUACUGAUAUAAAUCAAGAACACCGACUUCUCUUAAGCAUUGUGGGUCAAAUACGCUUUGUUUUCUUUGCUGGACAAGUCCAAAUCAUAGUCAACACAUCUUUUUGGAAGUUCAGUUUCUGUUUGAAUACCUAAAAGAAACAAACCCCAAGUGACAGAUUUCACAAUUGACUUAGUCCUAAAUGUGAAGGAUUAUAAUGAUUCUUGUACCAUGUGGAUUUCAAGAAAGUUUUGGUUUUAUGUUGAGAAUACUUCUCAGUUAUGUGAACUGACAGAAAGUUUUAAUUUUUGUGUAAUUAGUAGAGUUUGAUUUUAUAGUGAGAGAGGUUAAUUUGAAGUUAAAAAGACAUUUGGCUAAAAUGUCUGAAGAAGGUAAUCAAGAACUUCGUUCAUUGGCUUUGACACCAACAUGGUCUGUUGCUUCUGUAUUGACUAUAUUUGUUGCUGUGUCACUGCUUGUGGAGCGAUCCAUUCACAGGUUAUCUAAUUGGUUGAGGAAAACCAAUAGAAAGCCAUUGUUUGCAGCUGUGGAAAAAAUGAAAGAAGAGUUGAUGCUUCUUGGAUUCAUUUCUCUCCUACUCACAGCAACUUCCAGUAUCAUAUCUAAUAUUUGCAUACCAUCAAAGUUUUACAAUAAUGCAUUUGCCCCAUGUACAAAGGCUGACGUUGAUGAAGAAACGGAGAACGGAGAUUUGAAGGAUCGUAAACUUUUGAUGGCUUUUGGUCUUCAACGGAGAGUAUUAAAUUCCUUCAAUCAAAAUACAUGCGGAGAGAACCAUGAACCUUUUGUAUCAUAUGAAGGCCUAGAGCAGCUGCAUCGCUUCAUUUUCGUCAUGGCCAUUACUCAUGUAUCUUAUAGCUGCUUGACAAUGCUGCUGGCGAUUGUUAAGGUCCACAGUUGGAGGGAGUGGGAAGAUCAAGCUCGCAUGGACAGACAUGAUGUGCUAACUGAAAUUUCUAGAGCUAAGACAUUCCGAAGGCAGACAACUUUUGUCAGAGUUCACACAUCAAGUGCACUGGCCAGGAAUCAUUUCCUUGUUUGGGUGACCUGUUUCUUCAGACAGUUUGGCCGCACAGUUGUUCGUGAUGAUUAUCUUACUCUGCGCAAGGGCUUUAUCAUGAAUCACAACCUUACAUCAAACUAUGAUUUUCACAGCUAUAUGAUUCGCUCAAUGGAAGAAGAAUUCCAAAGAAUAGUUGGUGUAAGUGGCCCUCUCUGGGGAUUCGUGGUGGGCUUUAUGCUGUUUAAUGUAAAAGGAUCGAAUUUGUAUUUCUGGAUAGCGUUAAUUCCUAUCAUUCUUGUCCUACUCGUGGGUACAAAACUGCAGCAUGUAAUCGCGACGUUGGCAUUGGAGAGUGCUGGAAUUACUGGCUCAUUCUCAAGGGCAAAGCUAAAACCACGAGAUGAACUUUUUUGGUUCAAAAAACCAGAAUUACUUUUGUCCUUGAUUCAUUUUGUCCUUUUCCAGAAUGCAUUUGAGCUUGCUUCAUUCUUUUGGUUCUGGUGGCAAUUUGGGUAUAACUCAUGCUUCAUAAAGAACCACACACUUGUGUAUCUACGACUAAUUAUGGGAUUUGCUGGACAAUUCCUUUGCGGUUAUAGCACCUUGCCAGUCUAUGCACUGGUUACACAGAUGGGUACAAACUAUAAGGCUGCAUUGAUUCCACAGAGAAUAAGAGAAACGAUCCACGGAUGGGGAAAGGCAGCAAGAAGAAAAAGGAGGAUGCACAUGUUCCCAGAUGACUCUACUGUGCACACCGAUACAAGCACGGUGAUGUCACUCGAGGAAUAUGAUGAUAACCAGUUGGUUGAUAGUCCUCGAACAGUGCAUGGUGCGGGUACAGAAAUUGAGUUACAACCGCCAUCAACUGUCACAGAGGAUCAUCAUUCAGUAACAAUUAACGACACUUCAAGUCGUGUCGGUACUCCUCUACUUCGGCACUGUACCUCUAUUUCUUCCGCAGCUUCCCCAAGACUUCCACCUGAAGUAAUAGCAAGAUCAUCUUCAAUGCCUGCUAGAGGAGAUUUGGAUUUGGAUAAAGAUUAACCGCCACAGUAAAGUUGGAGAAUAACGGGAAGUGAAGUUGGUGUUGAUACUUUUGCAGGUUGUUUAACGGGGCAUAUAACAUAUAUACUUGAAGAUGUUUGACAUGUGAAUUCAAAGAAAUAUGCAGGUAGGAAAGAUAUAGUUUCUAUAGUUGCAAAAUUAUCUCUCUUAAACGCUCAGGAUUGAAAAAUUAUAAUGGUUGUUUCUCUGUGUAUUAUCCCUUGUAUAAUCAGUUAGACACAUGAGAUGACCAGGUAAGAUGGAGCAUUCUUAAAGCUAGUAAGAGUCUUUUUUUCCCUCAGAUAGUUAAGAGUUUAACUUAUAUACACCGACAGUUUGAGAAAUUUUACAUUAUCAAUGUAUUUUAGUCUAUUACACA